AUGAAUUCCUGGAUCACUUUGGACAAAACAGUGGAUAUGUUUGAGUUGAGGCUGAUGCACAGGACUGAGGCAUGGAACCCCCACAAGUUGAAACAAUGUCAUCUGUCCCAACCAAACACUGAGUCUACACAAACUUUUGAAGAUCAUACUAAUCACCUGACUCAGUUGAUUAAUCAACACCUACCGCAACUUGAAGAUGACAAUAACGACAAUGACGCUGUACGGGACCUCAGCAAUCUUUUUGACUUCACCAAACCAUUCUGGGUCAACAAAUGGGAGAACAAUGCUCAAAGGUCUUGA